CCUGCGCCUCCGACCACUGAGCGAAUUUUGCAACAUCUUCAGACACAGCCUCUCCGAGCAAGUUGACAAAGGACUUGCUAGCGAGACGAAUACAUGGGACAAUAGCAACCGCAGCAGUCCUCUGCCCCCCGCCUCCGCUCAUGCACCCUCCCGAUCUCUCCCCCUCCUCAGCGGCCGAGUUGCACGAUGGUCUCGUUUCAGCACUCCAGUCGUCUCAAUCUUCCGCCAGCCUUACAAUAACAGCUACAUCUAUACUUUUCAGUAUAGCGACCGCAGCUGCUUCUCCUCUUUCGACCGCCGUCCCUUCGCCGGCUCCAUCGCCUUCCUCAAGCAUGUCCGACGACGAGAGCAGUGGCGAAUGCAAACUCUUGGGCCCUUUCGCUAUACUCGUGCAAGGAGCGCUGGGCGCUCUUGCUCUGUUGUCCUUGGUUUACAAGAGAUGGAGAGAAAGGCCACAACGACCUCUUAAGGUCUGGUCCUUUGACGUGUCUAAACAAGUCGUCGGGUCGAUCCUACUCCAUCUGCUGAAUCUCCUCAUGUCGCUUUUCUCCUCCGGCCAGAUAGGAGAGACUGUCGUGAAUGCAGCAGCAAGUACACUCGGAUCAGAAACAACCACAGAAUACCAGCCGAAUCCAUGCUCAUUCUACCUGCUCAACCUGGCGAUUGACACGACCAUCGGCAUACCCAUCCUCAUCGGCAUCCUCAAGAUUUUGACAAUCGGUGCGCGAUACACACCUCUUGCGAACCCUCCCGAAUCAAUCGAAUCUGGACACUAUGGCACACCUCCCAAGGCCUCCUGGUGGGCAAAGCAGUGCCUUCUCUACUUUAUCGGCCUAAUUGGCAUGAAGAUCUGUGUGUUUAUUAUUUUCCAGCUUUGCCCUUGGUUAGGCCGUGUUGGUGACUGGGCACUGGGCUGGACGGAGGGCAACGAAGCGGUCCAGAUUGCGUUUGUCAUGUUCAUCUUUCCCUUGAUCAUGAACGCUGCCCAGUACUAUAUCAUUGACACAUUCAUCAAACAGAAGAAGGGACCACACGACGAUGGAGAGGAAGAGACAGGGCAUCAAAGGCAUGAAGAACAUGGGUCUUUGUUGCCAGAUGCGGGGCCUGAUCAUGGCCGUUCACUCGACGAGGAUGAGGUCUGCAAAGCCAAAAGUUCGUCCUCCAGCCAGCUCGAGCGGAUCAUUUCCUACGAUCCCGAUAAGGACGGGGAUGUGGAUGUGAACGAACAGCCGGGCGGCGGCGGCGGCGGCGGCGGCGGCAGCAGCAGCAGCAGCCUGAAAGCCCACGCCGAAGAAGAAAGCUCGGAAGAGCGGCCUCGGAUAUGACUUGAAUGUUUGUCUGCAUUGCUUUGGAUGGUAUACCGGAAAUGGGAGAGUACCCGGGUGGGCGCUCACGGGACCGUUGUAUAUUUGGAUAGUGGCAGGGAGGAAUACACGCAUGGAAUACCAGACCGCCACACGCGGACGGGCCGAGUCGCCAUGAUCAAUCUCUGAAUUUUGAUUACGUCUGAUGUUA